CAACACAUUCAUCUCUUCAGCUCUGCCCUGCUAUCUCUCCAAUUCCCAGCCUUUUCAUCUCAAGGACCAUGUCUACCAAAAUCAUCAAGAGUCAAACCAGCCACCGUGGCUACAGUGCCAGCUCAGCCAGAGUGCCUGGCCUCAACCGCUCUGGCUUCAGCAGUGUAUCUGUGUGCCGCUCCCGGGGCAGCGGUGGCUCCGGUGCAGUGUGUGGAGGAGCUGGCUUUGGCAGCAGGAGCCUCUAUGGUGUGGGGAGCUCCAAGAGGAUCUCCAUCGGAGGGGGCAGCUGUGGCACUGGAGGAGGCUAUGGCAGCCGAUUUGGAGGAGGCUUCGGCAUUGGAGGAGGAGCUGGAGGUAGCUUUGGCUUUGGCACUGGAGCUGGCUUUGGUGGUGGCUAUGGGGGAGCUGGCUUCCCGGUGUGUCCACCUGGAGGCAUCCAAGAGGUCACCAUCAACCAGAGCCUCCUCACCCCCCUGAACCUGCAAAUCGACCCCACCAUCCAGCGGGUCAGGACUGAGGAGAGGGAGCAGAUCAAGACCCUCAACAACAAGUUUGCCUCCUUCAUCGACAAGGUGCGGUUCCUGGAGCAGCAGAACAAGGUCCUGGACACCAAGUGGACCCUGCUGCAGGAGCAGGGCACCAAGACUGUGAGGCAGAACCUGGAGCCUCUUUUUGAGCAGUACAUCAGCAACCUCCGCAGACAGCUGGACAGCAUCGUGGGAGAGAGGGGUCGCCUGGACUCAGAACUGAGGAACAUGCAGGACACAGUAGAGGACUACAAGAGCAAAUAUGAAGAUGAAAUCAACAAGCGCACAGCAGCAGAGAAUGAAUUUGUGACCCUGAAGAAGGAUGUAGAUGCUGCCUACAUGAACAAGGUUGAACUGCAAGCCAAGGCAGACAGUCUAAUAGAUGAGAUCAACUUCCUGAGAGCUUUCUAUGAAGCGGAGCUGUCUCAGAUGCAAACUCACAUCUCAGACACAUCUGUGGUCCUCUCGUUGAAUGGUGAAGGUGUUGGACCAGUCAACAUCUCUGUGGUGCAGUCCACUGUGUCCAGCGGCUAUGGCAGUGCAGGUGGUGCCAGCAGCAGCUUUGGCCUGGGAGGAGGCAACAGCAGCUACUCCUACAGCAGUAGCCAUGGCCUGGGAGGUGGCUUCAGUGCUGGCAGUGGCAGAGUCAUCGGAGGUGGCCUCAGCUCUUCUGGUGGCAGUGCUUCCACCAUCAAGUUUACCACUACCUCCUCCAGCAGGAAGGGCUACAGGCCCUGAAGUCCCUGUCACCAAGAGCUUGUCCCUGGUCCCAGGCAUCAUGGCUGCAGAACCCUGUGCUCAGAGCCUUGUGUUCUGGGGCAUCUCCUCGCUGGAUCCCGACCUCUGCUCUCUUCUUGGGGCUGAGGAGGGUGUUCCUUUUGCUCAUAUUUCUGUCCACAUGGGUCCACACUGCUCAUCUUUUGAUAGUCAUCCUCUGAGCCCACAUCACAAUUCACUCAUAUUUGGUGCUUCAUUUUCUAUUUGGUUUCCAGGCUCUUGCCUCCCUACCUCUGUCUCUGAGGCUGCCCGUGAAAGGAUAUGUCUCUGUCACCUUCAUUUUUGAAAUCAUUGUCUGGGUCCUACUCAAGAAAAGAGCAGCUCCCUAUUAGUUUCCAAUGGCCUGAGAAACCCCGUCUUUCAACAUCAUAAAUCUCCCUGUCAGUAACUGUGACUGCCCAGUCACUGGUCCUGUGAUGUGGAGUCUGUGCUCAUGUGAUGUCUUUGCUUUUCUUGAUGCUCUUUGCUUCCUUGUAAUUGCUAAAUAAAGCAGGUUUAUAAAUAACAAA